CUAGCUAGGUGAGAUUUUGGUUUUUGGUCUCGCUCUGGUUCGGUUGUGAUUUUCUGGGAAAAAUUUUUCUCGAGAAAAUCUUUUAGAAAAUGGAUACUUCUUUGAGGUAUGCAAGCAAUUCCAAGUCUUUGAAGAUCCACGCGAAGGAGAAGCUUCCACUGAACUCGAAAACCCGCUUGCAGUUUCAUGGAGAGCUGGAUACAGGAACCGGUGCCCCAAGCUACAUUUGUGCGAUGAUACGAUACUUUUUCAUGGAGGCUUCAACAAGCCUUGGAUUGGGAUUGCAUUACGAUAAACGAGAGAAGCUUCGGUGUCUUGUACGCGGGAAAAAGGAGUUUCCUGUUAUAGCUGAUGGGAUUGUAACCUUCAAUGUCAAAGGCCGAUCUGAUUUUGACCAGGACUUCAAUCAGAGGAACCUGAAAGGAGCUGCAGAAUUCGCAUGGAACAUAGCAAAUUUUCAGGAAGAUCAAGGUAUUCGGCUCAAAGUUGGCUAUGAGAUCUUCGAGAAGGUCCCAUAUAUGCAGAUUAGAGAAAACAAUUGGACUGUAAACGCAGACAUGAAGGGAAGAUGGAACGUGAGGUACGACCUGUGAGCGGAAACGAAAUGAGAAACAGAGGACGCAUUUUUAUUUUUCAACAUCUGUGAAACACGGUCCAUAUAUCUUUUACUAUCCAAUUGGUCAAAUUUCAGACAUCUUAUAUAUCAUAUCUUCACUCUUGCCAAUUGCCAUUGAACUCAGCA